AACCAGUAGUUUGUUUGAUAAGACAUGAAAGACUCUGCUUCAACUUGAUCUUCAACCGAUUUCCCCCCUCACAAAGUCUUCCAUCUAAAAGAUGAAAGCUUGUUUACGCCAUGUCUCCACCAUUGCUACAUUCGUCCAUUGUCAAUACAAGCUCAAGAAAAGGAAAAACAUUUGCAUGGUCGCCGCAAAUUUGAGCAAUGACGAUGACCCUUUUCUUCAAGCUGCCCUUCAUUCCGCUACUCUUCGUUUCCAGGAGACCCAUCGCCCAGACCCUCUUUUCCACGAUCCUUAUGUGGCUUGCUUGGUUCCUGCAAACACGUCUGUCUAUAUGAAGCAACACUCGCACCCUUAUUGCGUUGCUACCAGGUUUAUUGAUGAUAAACUGCUCCAAACUUUGAGAAAUGACGAUGAAUUGAAACAGGUUGUUUUAUUGACAGAUGGUGCAGAUACUCGUGUUUAUAGACUAACUUGGCCAAGCUCUACAUUGAUAUUCGACAUAUCACCGGAUAUAAUCUACUCUGAAGUGUCUCAGAAGCUUAGAGAUAUUGGGGCUCAGAUCAGCAGGAGCUGCUUAUUGCUUCAUGUUUCACUGGAGUCUUCUAACAUACAAGAAGUCCUGCGAAAGAAAGGAUUUAAUGGUAACCGCCCAAGUAUAUGGUCUCUCCAGGGUCUACCCCUGUUGACAUUGGCUAGUUUUGAAGAUGUUUUGUCAAUUGUGAGUAGUUUAGCCACAAAGGGAAGCCUUGUAAUCGGAGAAGUUCCAACUGAACUUGAGCUGACGACCGAUCAAGAAGAACGGAUGCACAAGCUUUUCAUGCGCCAUGGAUUUCAGAUUCAUGUGAUUGACUAUGAAGAUGUGGCUAGAAGUUUUGGUAGGGAUCUAUCAAGGGAAUCCUACAACCGUGUACUCUUUGUUGCAGAACAUUUGCGAUUUUCAGAUGAUCAGGUGGAAAUGUGGCGAAGUGAAUUCCAAAGGACUGAAGAGGACGGUGACGAAGAAGGGUUUGAAGAUCUCUAAACAUAUUCAAGGAUUUUACAUUUAGUAUUAACACAAUCAAUUUUGAUGUGCAAAAAAUAUAUUUAUAUAUAUUCAAUCAAGUUCAUCCUGAUUUAAAUCGAAAUUGUUAUUCUUGAGAUGGUUGGACAGAUUCCUUGUCAUAAAUCUGAAAUACAAUACAGGCUUUCACAUCUAAUUCAGUAUGGUGGAACCUUAUUUACA